CUUUGUCUCCGAUCCCCUUAUAGACAUUUCAUCCGGAUUUAUAGUCUUUACCUUGGAAUACAUACCACAACCGUCGUUAAAGCUUAAGUGCGAAGACUUUCUCGAUCUACCUCUGGUAGCAACGGUAUUACAUCCGAUGACGAAGAGAUUUCCCUGACGCAGCAACUUGAGUCGAUUAACGAAGAGAUGAAGGUCCUCGCUGAGAAACACGCAGAUAUACAGAAGAAGCUCAAAGAUGAGGGUGCCUCAAAUAUCCCCGAGCCUGAAUUUGUUCCUCAGAACAGACUGAGAGCCUGCGAGCUAGAGAUCGAGACAGAGAGGAAGAAGAGGAUUGAGCGUGAAACAGUGUUGAUGGACAUUCGGCGGGAGUGUAGAGGUCCUUUCAUCGUUCUGGCACUGCUGGAUGCGUUCAUUGAUGUCUCGAAAUCGACUACGGCUGCGGUGGAUUUGCUCGACGCUGUAAAGUAACUAUAUCACGGACUUUCAAACUUAAGCAUAGGC